ACAUCAACUCCCCUUACAACUACAACUCCCCCUUCAACAACCACUCCACCUUCAACAACCAAUCCACCCACCACAACAACUCCCCCUACAACAACAACUCUCCCUACAACAACUCCCCCUACCACAACUCUUCCUCCAAUAACUCCCCCUACAACAAGUCCACCUACCACAACAACUCUCCAUACAAAAAAUCUCCCUACAACCACUCCACCUUCAACAACUAAUCCACCCACCACAACAACUCCCCCUACAAUAACAACUCUCCCUACAACAACUCCCUCUACAACAAUAACUCUACCUACAGCAACUCCCUUUACAACUACAACUCCCCCUUCAACAACCACUCCACCUUCAACAACCAAUCCACCCACCACAACAACUCCCCCUACAACAACAACUCUCCCUACAACAACUCCCCCUACCACAACUCUUCCUCCAACAACUCCACCUACCACAACAACUCUCCCUGAAAUAACUUCACCUACGACAACUCCCCCUACGACAACUCUGCCUAAAACAACUCCCUCUACAACAACUCAACCUAUCACAUCAACUCUCCCUGAAAUAACUUCACCUACAACAACUCCACCUAUAAUAACUCUCCAUACAACAAUAACUCCCUCUACCAUAACAACUCCCUCUACAACAACAGUUCCACCUACCACAACAACUCUCCCUACAAUAACUACAACAGAUGCACCUACAAAUAUUCCCUUUACAAAUCCCUCUACAAAAUCUCUCCCUAAAACAGCAUCUGCCCUUACAGCCACAAAUCCACCUGAUACAACUUCCCCUACCACAACUCUUCCUCCAACAACUCCACCUACCACAACAACUCUCCCUGAAAUAACUUCACCUACGACAACUCCCCCUACGACAACUCUGCCUACAACAACUCCCCCUACAACAACUCCACCUACCACAACAACUCUCCAUACAACAAAUCUCCCUACAACAACUCCCCCUACAACUCCCUAUACAACAACAAAUCUCCCUACGACAACUCUGCCUACAACUCCCUCUACAACAAUAACUCUACCUACAUCAACUCCCCUUACAACAACUCUCCCUACCACAACUCUCCCUGAAAUAACUUCACCUACAACAACUCCCACUGCAACAACUCCACCUACCACAACACCUCUCCCUACAACAACUCUCCCUAAUGCAACAACUCUCCAUACAACAACUUCCCCUACACCUACAAAUCCUCCUACGACAACAACUCCCUCUUCAUCAACAAAUCCACUCACCACAACAACUCUCCCUGAAAUAACAUCACCUACAACAAAUCCCCCUACAAUAACAACUCUCCCUACUUCAACUCCCCUUACAACUACAACUCCCUCUGCAACAACUCCACCUACCACAACAACUCUCCCUGAAAUAACUUCACCUACGACAACUCCCUCUACGACAACUAUGCCUACAACAACUCCCUCUACAACAAUAACUCUACGUACAUCAACUCCCCUUACAACUACAACUCCCUCUACAACAACAAAUCUCCCUCCAACAACUCCCCCUUCAACAACCACUCCACCUUCAACAACCAAUCCACCCACCACAACAACUCCCCCUUCAUCAACAACUCUCCCUGAAAUAACUUCACCUACAACAACUCCCCCUACAAGUCCACCUACCACAACACCUCUCCCUACGACAACAAAUCUCCCUACAACUCCCUCUACAACAACAACUCCCCCUACAACAACUCUCCCUACUACAACUCCCCCUUCAUCAACAACUCUCCCUGAAAUAACUUCACCUACAACAACUCCACCUACCAUAACACCUCUCCCUACAACAACAAAUCUCCCUACAACUCCCUCUACAACAACAAAUCUCCCUACAACAUCUUCCCCUACCACAACUCUUCCUCCAACAACUCCACCUACCACAACAACUCUCCCUGAAAUAACUUCACCUACGACAACUCCCCCUACAACAACUCUGCCUACAACUCCGUCUACAACAAUAACUCUACCUACAUCAACUCCCCUUACAACAACUCCCCCUACCACAACUCCCCCUUCAUCAACAACUCUCCCUGAAAUAACUUCACCUACAACAACUCCCCCUACAACAAGUCCACCAACCACAACACCUCUCCCUACAACAACAAAUCUCCCUACAACUCCCUCUACAACAACAAAUCUCCCUACAACAACUCCACCUACCACAACAACUCUCCCUGAAAUAACUUCACCUACGACAACUCCCCCUACGACAACUCUACCUACAUCAUCUCCCCUUACAACUACAACUCCCUCUACAACACCAAAUCUCCCUCCAACAACUCCCCCCUCAACAACCACUCCACCUUCAACAACCAAUCCACCCGCCACAACAACUCCACCUACCACAACAACUCCACCUAACACAACACUUCUCCCUACAACAAAUCCUCCUACAACAACUCUCCCUGAAAUAACUCCACCUACCACAACACCUCUCCCUACAAAAACAAAUCUCCCUACAACAACUCUCCCUACCACAUCUCUUCCUCCAACAACUCCACCUACCACAACAACUCUCCCUGAAAUAACUUCACCUACGACAACUCCCCCUACGAUAACUCUGCCUACAACUCCCUCUACAACAAAAACUCUACCUACAUCAACUCCCCUUACAACAACUCCCCCUUCAUCAACAACUCUCCCUGAAAUAACAUCACCUACAACAACUCCCCCUACAACAUCUCCACCUACCACAACACCUCUCCCUACAACAACAAAUCUCCCUACAUCUCCCUCUACAACAACAACUCUCCCUACAACAACUCUCCCUGAAAUAACUUCACCUACGACAACUCCCCCUACGACAACUCUGCCUACAACAACUCCCUCUACAACAAUAACUCUACCUACAUCAACUCCCCUUACAACUACAACUCCCCCUUCAACAACCACUCCACCUUCAACAACCAAUCCACCCACCACAACAACUCCCCCUACAACAACAACUCUCCCUACAACAACUCCCCCUACCACAACUCUUCCUCCAAUAACUCCCCCUACAACAAGUCCACCUACCACAACAACUCUCCAUACAAAAAAUCUCCCUACAACCACUCCACCUUCAACAACUAAUCCACCCACCACAACAACUCCCCCUACAAUAACAACUCUCCCUACAACAACUCCCUCUACAACAAUAACUCUACCUACAGCAACUCCCUUUACAACUACAACUCCCCCUUCAACAACCACUCCACCUUCAACAACCAAUCCACCCACCACAACAACUCCCCCUACAACAACAACUCUCCCUACAACAACUCCCCCUACCACAACUCUUCCUCCAACAACUCCACCUACCACAACAACUCUCCCUGAAAUAACUUCACCUACGACAACUCCCCCUACGACAACUCUGCCUAAAACAACUCCCUCUACAACAACUCAACCUAUCACAUCAACUCUCCCUGAAAUAACUUCACCUACAACAACUCCACCUAUAAUAACUCUCCAUACAACAAUAACUCCCUCUACCAUAACAACUCCCUCUACAACAACAGUUCCACCUACCACAACAACUCUCCCUACAAUAACUACAACAGAUGCACCUACAAAUAUUCCCUUUACAAAUCCCUCUACAAAAUCUCUCCCUAAAACAGCAUCUGCCCUUACAGCCACAAAUCCACCUGAUACAACUUCCCCUACCACAACUCUUCCUCCAACAACUCCACCUACCACAACAACUCUCCCUGAAAUAACUUCACCUACGACAACUCCCCCUACGACAACUCUGCCUACAACAACUCCCCCUACAACAACUCCACCUACCACAACAACUCUCCAUACAACAAAUCUCCCUACAACAACUCCCCCUACAACUCCCUAUACAACAACAAAUCUCCCUACGACAACUCUGCCUACAACUCCCUCUACAACAAUAACUCUACCUACAUCAACUCCCCUUACAACAACUCUCCCUACCACAACUCUCCCUGAAAUAACUUCACCUACAACAACUCCCACUGCAACAACUCCACCUACCACAACACCUCUC